GCACAUGGGAUAUCUCUCCAACUCACAGAGGGCAUGCUCUUGGUGGUCCUCUCUCAUGCGUGCAACUCUUCUACUCUUGUGUCUUUUUGUGCUCUCAUCUCCCCAAUCUCCUGCUAUUACCACCAGCACUGCAACCUCCUUGGUGGGGAACAACAGCAAAAGCGUAAGCGACCACUCAGCUCUCAUUUCAUUCAAGUCCCAUAUAUAUGAUGAUCCAUAUGGGGCUCUGUCCUCCUGGGACAACAAGUCGCUUCAUUUCUGCCAGUGGCAAGGCGUCACAUGUGGUAGUCGGCACCCUGAGAGGGUCAUUGCUCUGGACUUACCCUCUCUGGGCUUGUCCGGCACCAUAUCACCAUCCAUAGCCAAUCUAGCCUUCCUCAGAAGACUGAGUCUCCAACAUAACAAACUCGACGGAUCCAUCCCUCAAGAGCUCGGCCAUUUGCACCAGCUGCAACUUCUCAACCUAAGCGUGAAUUUUCUAGAAGGACAAAUUCCAUCCAGUCUUGCGAACUGCAGACAUCUGAGUUGGAUUCACUUGGGCGACAACCUCCUCAGCGGACAGGUGCCCCAAGAGUUGGGAUCACUUCCCCAGCUUAUUGACUUGGUCCUCCCAACGAAUAAUCUUACGGGAGCCAUGCCAACAUCUUUGGCCAACCUCUCCUCUUUGGACAACCUCGACUUGUCGCACAACAUGAUUACGGGCGGCAUCCCACCUUGGGUAGCGAACCUGACCUCUGUCACCAGGCUUUUUCUUGGAUUGAACCCUCUGUCCGGAGGCAUUCCAUCUUCAUUAUGUCGUCUGCCCUCCCUUGCUAGGCUCGAUGUACCAGAAAACCAGUUAUCAGGCAUGAUUCCUCCCUGUCUCUACAAUCUCACAAGCAUCCGUAUCUUGAGUGUGGGGUUCAACAGUCUCGGAGGGAUCAUCCCAUCUGACAUAGGUAGCACUCUUCCCCACCUCAGAUAUCUCGACAUGCUCGGCAAUCACUUCAUCGGACUUAUCCCUUCUUCAUUAUCCAAUUCCUCGGGACUGCUUCGCAUACGGUUCCAAUCAAACAAUCUCCAUGGAAAAAUCCCUCGUAACCUUGGAACCUUACAGAACCUGUCGAUCCUGGGACUUUCCGAGAACCAACUAACAGCCAAGGAGGCCGAUGAUUGGAGCUUCCUCACCGCUCUAACCAACUGCAGCAAAUUGACAAAACUAGAGAUCGGCAACAACAGCCUCUCAGGUGUCUUACCCAAUACCUCUCCACAGAUAUCCAGAUCCUCGAUUUUUCGCAGAACCAGAUAUCUGGAAGCCUGCCUUCAGAUAUAG